AUCAACAAUAAGACAAGCUCUGACUAUUUUUGACUUGGGUGGAGUUGUGACGUAAUCCUGGCAGAGAAGGUUAGAUCUAUAGACAAAGGGAAGAGGAGGAGACAAGUAAAUUUUCAAUUUCGGCCAUAUUCCAAUCAAGCAAUGAUGUCACGACGAGGUUUAAUGAGAAGAAGUUCUUCAUCUAAACAUCGACCUACUGAGGAAUUUAAAAUGCCGGAGGGUUAUUCAUCGCCACCAUCUUUGUUAGACUUCCCAGUACAUGACUCGGGGAAUAUAAGGUCAUUAGGUGCUAUAUCUCGUCGGCCUCACGACAACUCAAGGAAAUUGGACGAAGCGGAAAUCAGUGGACUAGAAAUUGUUGACCCAACCCAAUUACCGAAAGCGACUAUGGAGGACACCGUUUUAAAACGACAAGAGGGUGAAAGUUGGGAAGAAUUCGGAAGUCGACUUGCAGUUGAUGAACUUGACAGAUUCAUCAAAUUUCAAGAUCCUAAAUCUUCGAUUGCAGUGGAAAAAUUGAAAGAGAAACAAUCCGAGGAAAUUAAGUUACGGAAUCCAGUACUUAGAAAGGAAGACAUAGUACAUCCAACUGACGAUGACGAAAUUGAACACCCUAGACCAAUUACACCACCUGGUCCUCCAAAUAGACCUGGGAUGGACAUGUUGACGACACGAGUGAGAGGAGUUGGAGAAAAGACUUUUCCUCAAGGACAAUACGAGGCUCUACCAAGGAAAACGACCGGGACCCUGUUUAACGACUUGGAAUCAAUUCCGACUGACCCUACUAUUGAUCCACCUCCUCGAGUAUGCAACAACUGUUGGAGAAAGGGGCAUAACCGUUCCAAAUGUCCAAAACCUGUCACAGAAGCACAUUGCGAAAACUGUGGAAGGAAAUACCAAACAGUAGCCACAUGUCCCCGCUGUGCUAAAGGAUAUCGGAAGUUCCUGUUAGCACAAGCCCAGGGAAAUUCGAAUAAGGAGAAACUCUCACCGAAAGGAGACAAGGAAGAAGAAGAAGAAGUGGAAAGACGUCCAACAACGUUUCGACGACAAGGAAACCCUCUAUUACCUACCAUGUGGAAAGCAGAAAUAAAUUCCAGUGUGGAUAAGGAUGGUCAUGAUUCCCAUGGAAAGGCGUGGAACAUUCCGAAGACACCUUCGCCACCAAUGACUAGACGCCCGAUUUUAUUUACUUCUGGAAAGAAAUCAAAGGAGGAGGAAGCUGCUGAGGAUCGGAAAAGAUCAGACGAUCUUGAAUUGACCAGGGAAGAUGACAAAAUUUCUAAAUCAUCUUGUAGUGACAAUGAUGACCUGCCACCUCCAUAUGAGUCGACUAGGGAACAAGCGAUACCUUUAGUAAAAGCGAUCCAAGAAGUGACUAUAGCAAUGAGAGGUUUGCCCAGCGAAACGAUUAACUUAGCGAUUCAACAGUUAAUCAAGGAACGACAAAUGGAACUGGAGGAAAGAGUACACAAGAAAUAAGUGAGAUGUUUUGUUAAAGACAAUAAGUUUAAUCAAGACCUUGAUAUUUUUUUUUAUUAAUUAAAAUUAAGUUUUUUUUUUAUUUGAACAUUUUGAGAAUUAUUGAGAUAUUAUUUUAUUUUGUAUUUUUACGUCGGAUAAAUGACGAGUGAAUUAUAGUAGUAUUAUAUUUUUUUUGUGUGUGUAAGACUUAAACCAAAGAGUUAGUUCAAGUCUUAGUGGGGAGUUUUGUGACGUAGUAACUCCGUCAAAUACAUUUUCUUGUUAUUUUGAAUUUAUAAUUUUUACGUGUAACUUCGACUUCGAGUUUAUGGGAGAUGAAAACUCCCCUUUACGAUUCGCUCGCGCGAAUUGAAAUGUAGCAGACGACAGAAAGAAGAGAGUUGAAUUUUGGUUGUCGUAGUAGUGACAAGUGAGGAGAUUUGUUAAGAGAUUUAUAUUGAAUUUAUGUAAAGAGAAAGAAAAUAAGUGAGGUUGAAUAAAUAAGAGUUGAAAAGUUUGUGUGACAUAUUAUUAAUUUUUAAUAGUCCUAUAAAGACGAAAGGAUUAAUAAAUCAACAAUAAGACAAGUAAGUAGAGUUUUACUAAAAAGGUCGUGUCUCUGAAAUUAGAUUUU